ACGACAAUAUAGAGAAGAAUAUGGAUUGUGGAGUGUCGAGUGUUACUGCAGGGAAGAAGGAAGACAAAGCUUAUACUUAUGAAGAGGCUAUCACUUUGGCAGGCAAUGGCAUCUACACAUACGGGCUACUGGCGGUGCUGAGCCUUACGGUCCUCUCGAUGUGCAGCGACAUGUUCGGCUUCUCCGUGGUGUUAGCUGGGAGCCAGUGUGAUCUUCAACUCACUCCGAGCCAGAGGAGCACUCUCAUGUCUAUGCCUUUUCUUGGUCCAAUAAUAAUGUCAUAUCCAUGGGGCUACUUCAGCGACACGCAGGGCCGCAGGAAAUGCCUCCUCCUGGCUAUGAGCUUUAGCUUCGUGACCACGGUCAUUAGCUCCCUGUCUCCGAAUUGGAUCAUGCUUGCUGUGCUCAAGUUUUUGAGCACCAGUUUUUGCAGUUGCGCGCAGUCGGCGACAUAUGCGCUGUUGGGAGAUUCCAGCGGACUGCGCGUGCGCGGGAGCCACAUGCUGGUCAUGACCAGCGUGCUUAUGCUUGCGCCCGCCUACUACUUUACGGUAGGCUAUUUCCUCCUAAACAUGGAGUACUCCAUCGACCUGGGCUUUAUCAGCUUCGUGCCCUGGCGUCUCCUGGUGCUGACCCUGGCGCUACCAAUGGGCAUCAGCUCGUUGGCGCUGCACUGCUUCUAUGAUAGCCCCAAGUUCCUGGCCAAUGCUGGUAGAGAAGACCAGGCGGUGGAACUGCUCAGGAAGAUUUGGAAGAGGAACGGCGGAAAGGAUCAUUAUCCUGUGAAGAAGCUGAUCCUAAAUGAAGACUGUGCGCCGGCGCAGGGCGAGCCGCUGCUGCGGUCUCUUUGGCAACAAACCGCGCCGCUGUUCCAAACUCCUCUGCUGUGGCGGACCUUACUGCUGUACUACAUUACUGCGGUGGUCUACAGCGUGUAUACCGCUUGCUCUUCAAAACUGGAAUACCUCACCACCAUAUUCGGCAUUGGACACUCCGUCUCCUUCGCUCUAGUGAACGCGCUAAUGUCCCGUCUCGCUCGCAUGAAGCUCAUGCUAAUGGUCAUACUGGCGGCGGCAGUUGCGUCUGAGGCUGGGAUUAUCGUCGUCACCAACAGGGUGGCUAGCUUCGUCCUGUUUCUUGGGAUAACGAUCACAGUGUUGACGUUUGGGAUUGUGUUCUCGUACUUUGUGGAGCUGUAUCCGACGUCUUAUCGUGGUAUGGCGGCGUGUCUCAGAGUGGUCGUGGCGCGGGGAAGCGUCCUGGUCGCCAUCAACCUACUCAGCUCUUACAUCACGACGAGUUGCCAUCAGUGCUUCAACAGUUUCACCGCCUACACAUUCAGCAAGUUGACUAGGAAUAAAACGGGUGAAGGGGUGGUCUCUUAG